UGCAUCCUUUCCCCUCUGGUGUCGGGGUAAGGCGUUUUAGGACUCCCCCGUGUAAUUUAUCCUUUGUGCCAGGCGCCCAACCGCCUGCAGGGUAAGGGGUGAACGGACACUGGCUGCUUCCGACAUAUUCACCUUUUGCGCGUCUAAGGCUUCCCUGAUACAUUUACGCCCCCUUUCUCUAUCUUGAAGUUUUCGUUCCCCUACGACGUCAAGGGGAGGCUACCGAGGAAGAGGACGCCGAAUGAGAAUGUAUUCUCAUGCCAACCCUUACCUUGGCGCCCUGUUUUAUAUAUAUGGGCUCGACCAGGUGGCCACACCCUCUCAGCGAAUCGCUGGGUCCGUGUUUCUUUUUUCUGUCCUGGCGAAACCCUGGAAGCCGAGAUCCGCAGUCUCGGUUGCUUGCUUUUCUCACUUGAUUCCUCGAUCGAAACGGGGACGAUAAUUCACCCGCUGAAUGCCAAGCAACACGCUGAUGAGCAGUCGAACCACUUGCUCGCGUGAAGUGAGAAGAACGCCCGGUUGACAGCAAACAAAGCCCUACCGCCCGAGACUGAGUCAUGGUUAUUUGAUGGAGAGAUAAAGGGGGAACAGCGAGGCAAGAGAUGUGCAGAGACGGAACGAGUUCAUGGUCUGCAAUAAAGACAGCCGGCGACGGUGCCGAAUUGAAGAACCUGAAGACACGAAUAAACAUGUAUUUCUGUAUGUCUGAAGAGGAUAUAUAGAACGUACAUCUGUUUACACAAAUGUUUCUGCGAAGAAACGCGGCGAAGGCUCGGAAGUAGAGCCAAUGACGAUUCAUGAGACCUAGCCGGAACGUUUCGGAGCACACUUGUCGAGGCCAUCACAACAGCUUGCGGCUGAAGCGACGGACUGUGAAUUUAUUUUCAUUUGUUCCAGUCCGUUGCUCGUCUUGACCGUUUGGCUGCGUAGGGGGAUGCCUUUUUUUUUCGGUUGGCUACCUCGUCAUGACCCUCCUCACGUCCGACAGCCUAGAACGGGUCGUGCGUUCUGAGAGGACUAAAUGAUCAAGAUUCACGCACUGGAGACUGGAGGCGCGACUAGAGUUUGACUGAUGCAGAGAGUUCAAUCUAGUGAAUUUGAGGUAGCAUCUGAACUCUGAAAAAGAAGAGAUCAUCAAACAGCUCUAUCCUCAAGCCUGGAAUAGGACAUUGCACGCACGCGCAGUGUCGCGUGGAAAGUGUGUGUCUCGGUUUCCUCCUCCUGCGCCGUGCUCCGGUUUAGGUCUCUCCCUAGUUCAGUUAGAUCGUUUCAUUUGUGUGAUUCGAAAAUAUAUUCCUUCCCCCGCCUCCCUUGCCCGUAGCCACGAGUUUCCUAGAGAACGAGGUCUCCCUCCAGUUUCCCCGCGUCCCUUCGUUCGCCAUGGCGCGUGCUUGGGCGGUCUCUAUUAUUUCGCUUCUCUGUGUUGCCGUCCUAGCGGCCCCGAGUUACGCGGGGCAGACGCAGACACAUCACCGCUCCUCCCAUUCUAACGCUGCCGUUACUUCCUCGGUGUUGACAGCAAUGGCACCCGCGUGUCUCCGCUGUUCGCCAGAGUCGCAAACAGCGUCUGCCAGAUACGCCCACGAAGUCGUUUCCUCCCUUCAUAUCCCGCCAGCGGACCCCGCCCGCUGCGAAAUGCACCUCCAGCAUCUGAUCUGCUCUUUCAACUGCUCCGAUAUGAAAACCCAGUCGUGGGCUUCUGUUGAUGCCAACGCGUUUUCUGGGAUUUCUUUCGUGGAGGCUGAGACGCGCGUCUCCACGACUGUCCGGGUGUGUUCACAUGCAUGCGAGCAGUUCGGUGCAGCAUGCGGGACUGCCGGAAGCGUGGGUGCCGUCAAGGAAGGUGGUUUGUCUUUUGUGGAGAAAAAGAGAGGGGGCAAGCGCGCAGCACACCAACGAGAUGCAGGUCAGGACGGAGAAGACUCACCGGGUUUUCUUCACCUGCACACAACACAGAAAAGUCUCAGCCGCGACAGCGCCAAAGCGAAACAGAGACAUCAUUCUUGUGUGAGUUUGAAGCUGCCCGAACUGCGCCUCGCGGGCAAUGGCGGGAAGCCCAUGGGGCUGGCCUUUGUGUCCGUCGAUGGACCCGCGACUGGAGUUGAACAGGAGACACAGGGAAACGAUGCAUGCCUCAGCUUCCUGCAACUGGAACAACCCUCUAGCUACACAGGAGAGCAAAUGGUAGAGAGUUCCUUCCAAGCGCCUUACCUAACGCGACUCCAGUCAAUUGCUGAGCACGACCAGCUGACUGAUCCGUCGACACUCGUUCCAGCUGUCCCCGUUGUCCCAGUAAACUCCCAGCCUGUUAUGCCAACAGACAUUGUCACUGUCGCCCCGGCAUACCCUGCCAUCACCCCUUCCGCCGCGGUCCCUGCAGCCAUCGCUUCCCAAGAGCCGAGCACCGGAGUUGCUGCAGUCUCCAAUCCUGCCGCACCAGCUGUGGUGUCAGCUGCCAUCCCAAGUGCUCCCGCGACUCCUGCAUCCCCAACGCCUCUCGCCGCGAUCCCUCAGCUUGCUGUCUCCUCGUCAGUUGCCCCUGUCGCUGCGUCCGCUGCUCGGACUCCCGUCGUCGGCGCAGCGCUUCCAGGCGCGGCACUCCCCGAGGCUUUGACUGCCACUCCGGUACAGCCCGUUGACGUCUCUCAACUGCAGCCUGUUGCCCCUACAGCGGCACAGCCCCUCGUCCCUGUUGAGCUAAAGCCUGCCUUUCCCUCUGAAGCGCUUCCCGUUGUUUCAGCUCAGGCGCAGCCGGCUGCUGCUCCUCAGGCACAGCCGAUGGCCGCUGCUCCUCAGGCACAGCCGAUGGCCGCUGCCGUAAAGACGCCUCAGCCUCCAGUGGCUAGUGGUCCCGCGGCAGCUACGAGCACCACAGUCCCGUCUCCCGUUGCAGUUCAAAGAGUUGCUGAGGCCCCACAGACUGUGUCUUUGACCCCUGCCGCUGCGGCUUCACCCUCAACUGUGAGUGCACAGUCGGUAUCUGCGCCGGCCACCCAGGCGGACGUCGACUCUGAUCCUGCGACAGCAACAGCCCCCACAGUGGAUGGGGCGACGAUUUCCACAAGCGAGGAGGCAGGUCCCAGUCAGUCAGGAGCUGCAGAGACAAUGGAGGCGCUACCACCAGUCGCUGGUUCUCAGGUCCGCUUGGUCGGAGCACCGCGAAACAUCCGCACAACCAGGACACAAGCUCAGUUUCGAGAGGCCCCAACGAUUGAAAUUAUACCGGCCGACGGAUUCUGCAUGAACAACUGCGAGUGCUGGCCAGUCUGGGCGUCGGCGAUUGUCGUGUUUGUGAUCUACUUGGCGGCAACGUUCACUGCGAUUGCCAUGACGGCAAGCCUCUUUUCUCGGGGCCUCUGGUCGAGCACCUUCUACCGAGGAGGCGGCAACUGGCUCGUCGUGGCAUCAGUCACAGGCGCGCUCACUGGCGGGCUGGUUGGCGGCCUCGUAACUUACUGCGUCGCGGGCGGCCUCGGCCUUGCCGCUGGUUUGAUGACGCUUUGCUGCUCAAUUUUACUCGUCGGUCGAAGAGGCGCGUGGCUCGGAGCUAUGGGUGGUGUCCUGACGGGUGGCGUCGUGGGCGGUAUGAUCAACACGGGAGGUUUAGCAUUUGCAUUGGGCGCAGGCGUUGGAUUGCUCCUUGGUAUCAUUUGCGGCUUCGCGCCGGUCGCUCGCCAACUGAAAGUGAAUGAGCGCUACAUUCGUCAGGGCAUGGCGGCGUCCAUAUCAGGAAACGCUGGAAAGAAACACCAAGACGCAGCGCGGCGGGGGGACGGAGGGAUGGACCACGCCCGCGGUGGCUACGAUCCUCUUGGCUCUGGUGGUGAAGAGUCUCACAGACAACCGAAACCCAGCGCCUUAGGCAACACGCAAUCGUCACGGCGCCCGGACGUGACCGCAGGGUCUGUCUCUCGGUUGCGUUCUUUAGGCCUGACACAUCAAGCCUUCACAGCAGAAGAUGACAAUCUUUUAGAGCAGACGAGAUCUGGCGAGAGCGACGGACACGAGCCCUGGUGAACUGACAACGCACCGAGGAGGCCUGGAAGCGCCUUGCCCUCGAGUAGCGUGGACGUCGAAGAGAAACGUAGAAAUGCGUCCAGAGAUUUGUGAAACUGAGGCAAAUGAAGAAGAGUGGUUCUCUCAGCCUUACGAAAAACGAGAGCACUACAAACACAACAUGGUCAAUUAAAAAUGUAUGCAUUCAUAUUUCAGUUUAUACGUUUGGAAUCGACUUUCAUUAUGUCGCGAAGACAGGGACGAGAUACAUCUCCGCACAUGUACAUGCCUUCGGCUGAUCCGUGUGUCGGAGCCUAUUAUCGUUGCGCAUUUGUCAUGCUUUCUAUCUGUGCGUUGUUUCUUCUGUGCCCACGACGAAAGAGGACCACGAAAAAAGAAGGGAAAUCCUCUUGCUUCACGCAGGUCCCUCGGUUCUCUGUGCAUGGAUAGGUAUCUGCCGAUAAGCAUUUGAGGACAGAAUUACUUGCGAGUAGGCCAGCAAAUAACUUUCGUGGCUUUCUUGAGCUGAUACGCAGUCAUCUGUGUAUUACAUUUUUCUCUGUAUGACUGGGGUGGAAAUGUACGUUGAUAAAUUCAACACCCUUCUUUCGACAGGGCGUGAUGCAUGGUUGCACACAAACGUAAGUGUGAGUGCAGGUUCAAUGGCGGGUAUCCCCUCCAGCGGAUAGAGAAACAUGCUUUUGACGUUUCUGGAGACACGCAUACAUUUGAGCACUCUCAAAUGACGAGGGGAAAUGAACUGCCACUUGUUUCAUCGCUGUCUCUCGCUGAUGAGCUCACGGUGGUGCUUGCACUGUGCGUAGGAGUAAUACGUAUUCAUUGCUGGGGGGCGUCUAUCGCCUUUUUCCAUCGUUUGUUGUUGUGGCAGGAGAUGGCAAGAAACAGUCAAGUCACUCCAACCAUGCUGUCUUGUCGCUAUCCCAUUUCGUCCCUUCUUGUGCUCCGCCUGUGUGUCUUCCCCGGGGAAAGGAGUACCGAACGUAUGAAGUGGAACAGUGGAAAAUGUAGUUCUUUUUCGUCUGUCUUCAUUUCUGUCAAUCAUGCUGUGAGGGUGACAGUACAUGUUUCGUGUCCCGUCCAUGAGAUUUAAGUUCACCGCUGAUGUCCUUUCAACGAAAUGCUUACCUGUGCUUUGGUUGGUCUACAUCUGCAUUUCAGUUGGAGUGUACGUAGGUGAACAGUGCAGCAGCGAAGAAACCAAUGCUGUUCCACAGCCUGCGGUAUGACGGGAGUGAAUGAUC